AUGAGCGGCACUGCUGGAGCUGCACCCCCGGCAGCCGUGCUCGGCUUGGGCUUGGACAUCGGCGGGCCGUGGCACCAAAGGGCCGUCCGAAAGAGCGGAGCGCUGGCCCAGACCCACCUCCUCACCAGCUCGGCAGGAGGAGGAGGACGCAGGGGCCCCCAAGCCCCUCUGAGGCUGCCUUCUCUGGUGGGGCCUCGCAGGAGCAGCGGCACGGCGCGUCUCAGCCUCAGUGAACCGUCUCUCCGCAGCCCAAAUGAGAACGUCCAGUUCGAGGGAUUCUCCUGCGGCCGUGGCCCCAGUGUUUUGCAAAAGCGACCCCCGUCUCCUCCUCCACUCUACAAGUCAUCAGCCCUGCUCCCUUCCAAGACCUGCCACCCAUCCGCCAGCCGCCAGCCUCAUCAGCGGCAGAACCAGCGGCAGGUCCAAGGCUGCAGCAGACCGACCUAUAUCCACUUCUCCCGGGCCAUCCAGCCCAGCUCCAGGCCAAGACCAGUGAGGCGUCAUUCACACAACUCGACCUUGGGCGCAGACACGGGCGACCUCCGACCUUUCGCGAUGCAGUAUUGUAACUCCUCGUCUCAGGGAGAGCCUCUUUCUGUCAUUGGGAAGCCUUGUCUUCCGAGCUGCAGUCAGCGCCCCGCUCAGGCUGCUACUGCCGGUCCAGCUCGCACUCAGCUUCAUGUGUUUCUGCCCACAGAGGCGGAGGCAGACGAGGCGGACAGCGAGUCUGUGGAUGAAGGCUUCAUGGACGAGCUGGACAGUAGGAUAACCUCCAUGAAGCUCCAGCAGGGGGCGCCAAAGACAGUUACAUACCACUGACAGGCAAAAACAGAUGGAUCACCUGUUGUUGUAGAAUAUGGCCAAAAGUAUACGGACAACCCUGUCCAUAUAUUUUUGUGUUCUGGGGCCUUUUUUUUUUUUUUGUUAAAGAUUUGGGCUAGAAAUUUUUAUUGAUGUUUCAGAAAAUAGUGUGCUUCCUGCUCUAUGGUAACAGUUUGUGAAAGACCCUUUCCUGUUUCAACAUGACAUGACAAUGAUCUGAACACAAACAGGGUCCAAAGGUCCUGACUUGGACCCAGGCCUCAUUAGCCAACAUCAGUGUUGGACCUCACCAAUGUUCUCGUCAUUGAGUUGGAACAAAUCCCAGCAGCCAGGUUCCAAAAUGUGGUGGAAAACCUUCCCCGAAGAGCAUGUUUAAAGCCCAGAGUUUCGGAAUGAGAUGUGUGACAGUCGCAUAUGGUAUAUGUGUAAUGUUGAUAAUGAGUGUCUGCAUACUUUUGGCCAUGUAGUCUAUGUCUGUAAAAGCAGCUUAGACUUAAACCUCUGUUUACACUUUGGUCUAUCUAAAAGUUAGUGCAAUGACAUGCAGUUGUGCUGGAAAUAAGAACAUGGGAUUAAAAGUAAAAAUAUGGUUUCGUAUUUGUGACUAAACAAAAAAUUUCAGAGUUCCCAACCUAAAAAUUAGGGCAUUUAUAUUAAAUUUCACACUAUGAAUUGCAUUGUUUGGUAAAUUUGGUUGCAAAACAAUGUAUUUUCAUGUCUUUUUUGCAUGAAUAUGCAAACAUUUUCAUCACCAUCCUGUUUCCGUUGGAGUCAGGUGCUAUGCAGACAGCUGUGCAAACCAUAAACAGUGUUUGUGUGUUAAAUCAUGUGUUAGUGUAAAUACAGUUUGGUUUGAAGAUUUAAUUUGGACUUCGCUGCAAUACAAUCAGUCGAUAUCAAAGGCCAGAAGUUAAUAAAAACUGGGAAGUAUUUUUGGAUGUUUUGGGCAUCAAAUUGUAAUUUUUAAAAUGAAGAAGGAAUGGUGCAACUAGAUCUGGCAAGAAUAAGCUGAGUAAUAAAUCUACCUUUAUGAAGCAGUUUCUGAGUAUGCAGUGUACAUUUAAUUCUGUAGUUGUUUUACACCACCAUCACCUGAAAAAGACACAAGUGUGUUAAGGUUUUAAUUGAAAGAGAAAUAAUGCAACACUGUUAGUGUGGAGCCGUCAGUCAGCUCUGACAUUCAGAGUUGAUGUUUCAACACAACGUCACUUACAUUGUUCCAAGUUGGGUGUAUGGCUGCAAAUUUGGAGCUACUGUGGUUAUUAUUUAUAACAUUAAAAACAACCUCUCUCUUUGUGGUUGUUUUGCAUCCCACAUCUUUUGAAUCUCUGUAGUGAUUUUUGCAUCUGCAGACAUUUUGAGUC